AGCUUGCUGAUAAUUAUAAUCUUCUUCUAUAUGAUUAUGAUCCGUUAUCUUGGUUUACAAAUGAAAAAUGUCGUGUCCAUUCUUGCUGGCAGCACUUGUGUAAGAAAGAAGCUAGUAAAAUCAAGUUCUUGCAUGUUUUACAAAGUUGCGAUGAAGUUAUGAAAGACCAACGCCGGUUGUGUGCCCAUUCCACCACUUUAUUUGCUAUCAAAGAAGUGUAUGAUUCAAUAAAAAGUGAUUGUUCAUCCACUUUACGUUCUUUCCUUUGUCAUGGUCCUGCCCACCGUUAUCCAGUGCCAAUACAUGCCAUGGAUUUCAAAUUGCUCAGGGUACUGAAUACUCGUAAUGUCCGAUUUUUUGAUAUCCCACCUGAAAUUCUAAAACUAGUUUGUCUGAAGUAUCUCGCCCUGGGUUGCAACAAAGAGCUCCCUGGUUCAAUUUCCACCCUUUUGCACCUUCAGUUCUUGAUUAUCCUUCGAUAUGUGCACAUUAUAAAGCGUGGAGUUGUGCCGUAUAUACCAAUGGAAAUAUGGGACAUGAAAAAUCUACAAUAUCUUGAGGUCUGGGACAGAGACCUGCCAACCCCUAAUUCUAACUCUAAUGCUAUUUUGGACAGAGUCUCUGAUCUUUUAGGCGUGACUACAAAGAGUUGCACAACCGAAAUUCUUAAAAGAAUCCCAAAUUUAAGUUGUUUAUCCUUGAUUAUGAUGCAGAAGCCUUAUGAUGAAGACGAUGAUAGCAAUUCAUUGAGUGGCUUGGCUAAUAUCUCAGAGGAACUCCAGAAUUUGAAAAUUCUUUCAAUUGAUGUAGUAAACCCUGAUAUGAAGUGGGACACUAUGGUUCCUCUUUCCAUGUUCCCAUCAAGUUUAUUAACGUUGACUUUGACUGGUUUAGGGUAUCCAUGGCAGUACAUGAACGAGAUUGGUUCGAUGCUACCAAAUCUUGGUAUCCUCAAACUACAAUAUUAUGCCUUUCAAGGCCGAAAGUGGAAUAUAGAAUCGAGUUGUUUUUUGAAGCUUGUGGACCUUGUAAUUGAGGACACUGAUUUGGUGGAAUUGAGAGCUCAACAUGGAAGCCUCCCUUGGCUUAAGCUCGUAAGCCUGCGAUACUGCUACAAAUUGAAACAUCUCGAUUGGUUGUGUGGUAACUCAGAGGAAACACCUGUAAUUGAAUUAGUAGAUUGCAAUCCCUUAGUUUAUGCAUCUUCCGAGAAAUUCUCAGAAUCUAAGUGUACAAUUCGUGGCCACCGUUCUUAUGAGUGAUGAGAAGUGGUUAACAGGCAAAUGAGAGAACAAAAUGCUUCAGAUGUUGCAUUAUCCCAUCUUUUCAAGUGUGUUCCAUGUUGUUUCCUGAAUUCAAGGAUAGUGAUUUGUUGGAUUUUGUUGAGAAUUAUGAAACCAGAAUGUUGAACUAUGUUUGUAACCAAAACUAUUGUCAGCUUGAAUUUCUGUUAAAACAUUGCUUGCUU